AUGCGGGCGCGGUCGCUGCACGCGGCGCUGGAGGAGGCGUCCAAGGCCUCAUCCCCGCGCGUGAGCAAGACCUUGAGCUUCAUGAUCAGCGACGACGACGACGACGAAGACGCUGAAGAUGACAGCUACGAGACAGCUGCAGACGCACCUGUUGACCGUCCAGGGGGCACCUUCCGCCACCGCACGCGUCGCAUGGAGCGCCUGGAUGUGUACGUCAGGCAGGAUCCUCCGUACCGCCGACAGUCACCGCAGUCGCCUAGCAACACGUUGCAGCGGAGGUCCUGCUCGGCGGAGCAGACCACGCCCACGUCGCACCGGAGACACAACCUCGUCAGGAGAUGCAGUCGGUCGGCGUCGCCGCCGUGUGCGAGUCCAGCGACGAUGCUGAGCAACAGUCUCGGAGCGACGUUGUCCAUGAUGAGCCCCGUGAAGCUUCGGCUGAAGAAACUGGUGGUCAAGCAACUUAGUGUUGAGGGCUGCUCGAACCACUUUGUGAGUUCGUUUGAGAGUCUGCAGACUCUUCGAUGGCUCGGAGCUGGUGUGUCAGCGGAAGUGUUCAAGGUUCGAGACCCAGACAGUGGAGAGCUCUUUGCCAUCAAGAAAUCACAGCAGGAGCUGCGCAAUGAUCGAGAACGAGAUCUCAUGUCCCAAGAGAUCGGUGUUCUUGAAAAGCUGGCUGCAUCUCAGCACAACUUUGACAAUAUUGUGCGAUACUAUCAGGCGUGGCAAGAAAAUGGGUUUUUCUUUCUGCAAAUGGAGUUGUGCGAAGGUGGCACGCUGCAGGAUUUUAUGGCAACGCGGAAUCGAGAUGAGAACCUCCCCGAAAAUUACGUGUGGAACAUUUUGAGGGACAUCGCAAGUGGGUUGAAGGUACUUCACGACCACGACAUUGUCCAUCUGGACGUAAAACCCGACAACAUAUUUAUCACCGAGGACGGUCGAUUAAAGAUCGGUGACUUCGGUAUGGCUGGAAAAGUGGUAACCUCCUCCAAACCAUCGAGCCAAUUUGGCGACCUCGAAGGCGAUGCCAAGUACAUGGCAAAGGAGCUGCUGUCCAGUGCUGACCGACUUCCGUCAGCAGAUAUCUUUUGUCUAGGCAUAAUGAUGCUGGAAAUCGUCACGGGAAUGACGCUGCCAGAAGCCGGGAAGGAUUGGCAUGAACUCCGAGAAGGAGUACUGCCGUCCUUCUCUCCUGAAUAUUCGGAGGACCUUAGUGCUUUGAUUCGACAGAUGAUGGAUCCGGAUCCGGCACGUCGACCCAGCGCUGCAGCAAUCCUAAAGAACCCCCGUAUGCCCGCCGCUACAGAGCCCGCUACUCUCAUCAUCGAGCACGCUCUGAAGCAAAAGCUGGUGGUGCCCGCCAAGACGCGCAACACGAACCGAUCAGCAAGGAGCAGUCUGCAGACGCCCCACAAGGUCCGGCCUUCAACUCCGUCACGUUCCAAGUCUCCUUAA